AUGACUGACGAUUUUUCUCUAUUUACCUCCAUGAGGUAUGACCCGCAACUUGAGCAAGUAGGAGGAACCUAUGGACUGAGUGGCAAAGGCUGGAACUUCGAAAACGAAUCACCUCUAUACAUGCUCGACUUCCAUCGUGACCGGCUUCUCAAAGCAGCCUCACAUUGGAAAUGGCAGCCCGCAAUCGAUAGAUUAUCGGGUGACGAUGGUCUUUCGUCCCUAGCUCAACUCAUCUUAGACAAUGUCGAGACAUCUCAGCGAAUGCCGUUGAAGAUCAAAUUAGUUAUGUCUCGGCAUGGUAAUAUCGAGGUUGAGCAAGUCAAGACAUCCGAAGUACCGCUGCAGAAUCUAUUUCCAGCUCGGCUACCAGAACCCUCUCGUCCUUCACAUGAUGGCGAGCCCCAGAGAACUACCACGUUCAACCUGCUGGUUGAUCAGGCUGCAACCAAAAGAUCUGAGUAUACUCACUUCAAGACUACAAAAAGACCUAUGUACGACGCUGCCCGACAACGCGCUGGUAUAACCUACGCAGAUCCUGCAGAAGUAUUGAUCGUUAACCAAGACGACGGGUCUGUUAUGGAAGGCACAUUUACUACACCUUAUUUCUGGAGGGAUGGCCGCUGGGUUACACCACCCGUUGCUGCCCAUUUCAGCUGGGACCAAGGGAGUGGUGGUCAGGAUGGAACUUCUAGGCGUUGGGCACUAGAACGGGGACUUGUUUCUGAGCAAGAGAUCAAUGUCGAUUCCUUGACUCAUGGCGAAGAGUGCUGGAUAAGCAAUGGUGUUAGGGGUUUCGUUGCGGCCACAGUUCGUCUGCUUGGAUGA